CGGCCCCGGGAGCCGCGCGGCCUGCGGGAACGCCCGGCGGUCAUGGGCAAGGCGGCCCGGGGCCGUCCGGGAGCCGGCUGAGCGCCGGGCCGAGGCGCGAUCUCGCCGGGGCCGUGGGCGAGAGUCAGUCGGCGCCCUCGGCCGUGGAGCGAGGGGCUGCCCUCGGGGACCAGGCCAUGGCCGGCCGGGGUUGCAGCUGGAGUCCGGGCCACCUGAACGAGGACAACGCGCGCUUCCUGCUGCUCGCCGCGCUCAUUGUGCUCUACCUGCUGGGUGGCGCCGCCGUCUUCUCGGCGCUGGAGCUGGCGCACGAGCGCCAGGCCAGGCAGCGCUGGGAGGAGCGCCUGGCCAACUUCAGCCGCGGCCACAACCUGAGCCGCGACGAGCUGCGCGGCUUCCUACGCCACUACGAGGAGGCCACCAGGGCCGGCAUCCGAGUGGACAACGUCCGCCCGCGUUGGGACUUCACCGGCGCCUUCUACUUCGUGGGCACCGUCGUGUCCACCAUAGGGUUUGGGAUGACGACCCCAGCGACAGUAGGAGGAAAAAUCUUUCUGAUCUUUUACGGCCUCGUUGGGUGCUCAAGCACCAUCUUGUUCUUCAACCUCUUCCUGGAGCGCCUCAUCACGGUCAUCGCCUACAUCAUGAAGUCGUGCCACCAGCGGCAGCUCCGGCGACGCGGGGCCCUGGCCCAGGACAGCCUCAAGGGCCCGGGAAGGCGCGAGGCGGACAGCCUGGCGGGCUGGAAGCCCUCGGUGUACUACGUCAUGCUGAUCCUGUGCACGGCCUCGGUCCUCAUCUCCUGCUGCGCCUCGGCCAUGUACACCCCCAUCGAAGGGUGGAGCUACUUCGACUCGCUCUACUUCUGCUUCGUGGCCUUCAGCACCAUCGGCUUUGGGGACCUCGUCAGCAGCCAGAACGCCCAGUACGAGCGCCAAGGCCUCUACCGCUUCGCCAACUUCGUCUUCAUCCUCAUGGGCGUCUGCUGCCUCUACUCCCUGUUCAACGUCAUCUCCAUCCUCAUCAAACAGUCGGUGAACUGGCUCCUGCGCAAGAUGGACGGCGGGUGCUGCCCCACAUGCAGAAGGAGGUUCCUGCGGUCGCGGCGGAACGCGGUGAUGCCGGGCACGGUGCGCAAGCGCGGCGCCGUCUCCAUGGAAACGGACGCGGUGGCGGAGAGCGAGGCGGACGCGCGCCGCCUGUCUGGCGAGAUGAUCUCCGUCAAGGACUUCCUGGCGGCCAACAAGGUGUCGCUGGCCAUCCUGCAGAAGCAGCUGUCGGAAACGGCCAACGGCUGCCCCCACCAGGCCAGCACGCUGUCCCGGGACGAUGAGUUCUCGGGGGGCGUGGGGGCCUUUGCGAUAAUGAACAACAGGUUGGCAGAGACGAGCGGGGACAGGUAGAAGCCCGAGUGGCUGCUGGACAGGGAGCCCCGGGGAGAGGAGGGGACGGCAGGCUGUCCCCCAAGGACCAGCUCGCUGCACCCAGGCUCGGCUGCUCCUGGGAGCUGCUCCCGGGAGCCCCCGCAAGCCCAGUUUGAGAACUCUGAUCUUGGCUCCAACCAACAGCCACCCUCCAGGGCUGGGGGGACCUGAAGCCUCAAUGCCUUUCUCCUUCUCUUUUUUCUUUAAGUCGGAACUCAGUCCUUUUUAAAUGAACCACAAAAGCAGCCUAAGACGUUGCAUUGUUUCUUUACUUUUCUUGUUUCAGAGUUUUAGCUGCUUGGGGAGAUAGAUUGUACUUAAGCCUUGAUUUCCCACCGCUGUGUUCUUCACUUGGAAAGGAAAAUCCUGAAGACCCCAGCUUUUCUCUGGAACUCUGAAUGGAGAAAAAAUAUUUGGGAAUGUGUCUGGGCUUUCUUUUUUGCUGGGCUUCCUUCAGAGCAGAUUUGUCAGUGGUGCCAUGAGUAGGGAAGAUUUCUGUACUCUUUAUACUUGCUUCUCUGUUUUUUGUUUUCCCUUUCUUUUUAUUUUUAAGAUCUUAAUGCCUGGCUAAGGUGUCCUUGGGCCCUCAGUGUGAUGAGAAACCGAAAUUCAGCUUCAGGCCUUUAAACUGCAGCAAGGUGGGGGCAGGGGGAAGGAGAGAGAGACUCACUUUUGUAACUAAAAAACAUAACUUAACAUUUUCUUUUUGCAUGGUCACAUAGACCAUUUCAUUUUUACCAGGGGUUGGGGCCCACUGCAAAGGUAAG